AUCUUUGCAGCUUAUUGUGAUUUCAACCGUGGAGGAUGGUCCUAUGCAUCACCUUUCAAGAGGCUGUUCUCUGAUCAGCAUUAAGCAUGGCCACGCCCGCCCUUAACUCCUGACUGUGGGGAAAGAGGCUGUGUGGGUGACAGAUUGGAAGGUUUACUACUGCCUUAAUCCUCUUCUCUGCAGUUGAGGUUUCAGGUUUCAACCCUCCCAAUACCACAAGACAGUGCAGCGAGCACCGGCGGCCGCCGCCUCCGCCUCCGCGCCUCAAGCCCGGCAGCCUGCAGAUUUCAGCGCCGCCGCCGCGCACUCGCCCUGCCCUAGACCAGGGUUGGGCGCAGCGGCGGAGGCUGCUUCUGGGCUGCGCGAGCUGGGCGCGCUGGAGGGCGGCGAUCGCAGCUGGGCCGGGACUUCCUUCCUCCAGCGCACGGCAACAAAACAACCCUGCAGCAGGCACUGAGCGCUUGGCAGCUGUCCGGGCGAGCGAGAGGCACAGCGAUGGGCUCCGUGCUGAGCAGCGACAGCGGCAAGUCGGCGCCCGCCUCUGCCACCCCGCGGGCCCUGGAGCGCAGGGGGGACCCGGAGUUGCCCGUCACGUCCUUCGACUGCUCCGUAUGCCUUGAGGUGUUACACCGGCCUGUCCGGACCCGCUGUGGCCACGUAUUCUGCCGUUCCUGUAUUGCUACCAGUCUAAAGAACAACAAGUGGACUUGUCCUUAUUGCCGGGCAUAUCUUCCUUCAGGAGGAGUUCCAGCAACUGAUGUAGCCAAAAGGAUGAAAUCAGAGUUUAAGAACUGCACUGAGUGUGACACCCUGGUUUGCCUCAGUGAAAUGAGGGCACAUAUUCGGACUUGUCAGAAGUACAUAGAUAUGUAUGGACCACUACAAGAUCUUGGGGAGACAGCAGCAAGGUGUGUAUGUCCCUUUUGUCAGAGGGAACUGGAUGAAGACAGCUUGCUGGAUCAUUGUAUUACUCAUCACAGAUCGGAACGAAGGCCUGUGUUCUGUCCACUUUGCCGUUUAAUACCUGAUGAGAAUCCAACCAGCUUCAGUGGCAGUUUAAUAAGACAUCUGCAAGUUAGUCACACUUUGUUUUAUGAUGAUUUCAUAGAUUUUAAUAUAAUUGAGGAAGCUCUUAUCCGAAGAGUCUUAGAUCGGUCACUUCUUGAGUAUGUGAAUCACUCAAACACCACAUAAUUUUAGUAAAAGGAAAGGAAAAGGGACCACUGAAUCACAUCAUUCAAGAUGCUGCUUGAACAAAUUGGAAGUUGUCAAUGCUUGAUGGGCAAAAAUGAACAACACAGUUAUACAUUUGUCCAUGUUUAUUGUUAUAGUGCAUUUUAAAACUGCUUUAAUUUUGAUGGUUUAAAUCUGUUUUACGUUCUUGGGAUUUUUACACAUUUAACAACCCAAAAUUGUCUACAUCAGUCAUUAUUAUAUGGAAAAGACACAGGGUAGGCAAGUGGGUGGAGGAUCUUGGUUUGCAAAUUAGAUAACACUCAGUGUCUAAUGCUACAUAUUAAUAACUCCCAUCAUGGUUAGGCCCGGUAACUAAUCUUUGUUCUACGUAAAAAAACAGAGUGAAACAAAGUGCAGACAUUCGAAGAAAUACGAACUCUGCUCUAAUGCUCUUGUUCUAAUCUCUAAUAGAAUAACAUUAAUAAUCUUGUAUGGGAGUUAGAAAGGAAAACUUUGGAAGUCAAGAAAGUCCAUUUAGGCUGGGUGCCGUGACUCAUGCUUGUAAUCCCAGCACUUUUGGAGGCCGAAGUGGGUGGAUCAUGAGGUCAGGAGUUUGUGACCAGCCUGGCCAUCACAGUGAAACUCCGUCUCUACUAAAAAUAAAAAAAUUAGCUGGAUGUGGUGUCGGGCACCUGUAAUCCCAUCUAUUCGGGAGGCUGAGGCAGGAGAAUCUCUUGAACCCAGAAGGCAGAGGUUGCAGUGAGCCAAGAUUGCACCACUGCACUCCAGCCUGGGCAACAGAGCUAGACUCUGUCUCAAAAAAAAAAAAAAAGAAAAAAAAAGAAAGAAAGAAAGCCCAUUUAACCAAAUUGUAUUACAUAAUACUGUAACAAAAUAAAUUUUGUGUUAGAAAAGGAAACUUAAUUAUUUGACUUUUUAUAACUAUGAAUACAUAAGAAUUUAGUAUUUUUCAAAUAUUUGUAGCUAUUUAGAAAUAUUUCUAUAAUAUAGGCAAUUUCUUAAGAACCAUCAGAUGAUAUUUACAGAAGUAUUUGCAUGCAUACUUUAUAGUAUAUAGGAAACCGUAAGGGCUUUGAUUUCUUUUUCGAUUGUAAUAUUUUUAAAAAUUAUAAAAUAAAAGUACUGAAAAACAGACACAAAAUUUAUAGCUGAAUGCAUUAUUAUAAGGAAAUACUCUUUUAGGACUCAGCCACUCACUCCACAUGUACUUUUUGUAUCCAGUCACAAUUAUAACUCCACAAAAGUAACCACUAGACUGACCUCAACAGUAAUCAUUUGUUGCAUUUGAUUACUGCUGUAACACCUAAAUGCACCUCUGUAUUUUAGUAUUAUGAAUUUAAAUUUGUUAUUAGAUGUAUAUUUUAUUUUACAUGUCUUUUAAAAUCUAUAAGCUCCUCCUUCUUUCCAGCUCUUUAAAAUUUACCUGGGGAAGAAACUGCCUGACCUUAGGACCUACAGAGUUUCCCAUAAUCUGUAUUUUGCUGAUUUCACAUUGAAGGCACAGUUCAGCACAUUCCCUUGUCCUCUGGAUAUUGGCAAACAGCUCAGAUUCAGACACAUUGAAUAUGAGAAGACUCAGGUUCAGUCCUUUCGGCAAGACUAUAAGUCAUGGUGUGUUGUUUCUUUUUCUUUCUCUCUCUCUC